AUGUCGUUAGCUUCUAAAAUAGCUGAAAGAGACCUUAUCCAGCAAAAAACAUCAACUCUUAAUCCUUCUCAUCCUGAUUACGUUAAUAUUCUUGGUCAGUAUCUUUUUCAGCUUAAUGCACUUGAAAAUGAAAUAAAAAGUCUUAAGAAAUCUACAGGCAUUGAACUGUCACUUCCAACUUCUCAUUAUCACUCAGAUGUUGCAAAAAAUAAGGAAAAUACAGGAUUUCCAAGCUUUAACAAAAAUGAUUUGACACCUAUGAUCUCAGAUAGCACGUUAACUUAUUCAUCAUCGGAAAAUGAUACUGCAGGAGUUUCUAAAAUCUCCUCUAGAAACACUCUUUCUAGAUUUCCUGAUCAACAGGACAGAAUCCAAUCUUUUCCAACUGGAUCAUCAUCUAACAGUUCCUUAUUUAUAAAUAUUAACAACUCAGGGUCAAAUACACAGGCCCUAAAUAUCCCAACACGCCCACAAAAUCAGUCGGGUUUUGUUUUACAAACUACCAACCCAUCACUUUCUUUAUCCUCAAAUAUUGAAAAUUCAUCUCCUUCAGAUCAUGUAAAAUUUAUGAUGCAACAAAAAGAUAACAGCUGGAAAAGCCCUCUCCAACAAAAUAUUGUUGGGAAACAGCCAAUAGAGAUAGUUGAGUUAGAUAGUGAUGACGAGAUAACCUCCAAUACCGCAACGUCACUUCAUAUUAAUCCUAAUAACACUAACGGAUCUGUCUUAGGUAAACGAAAUGAUUACAACAGUGGUUCAGCUUUAAUCGAUUUGACUAAAGAUGACGUCCCAUCUCAAUUUAAUACCAUAGACUCUCCAAAUAAAAAAAUUAAACCUGAUCCCCUUCCAAUUGGAGGACAAGCUUUACUGAAUGUACGAGAACUGGCAUUUAAGCAAAGCAUAUACCCAACACUCAAUAGUAAUCAAAAAAGCUAUGUUGAUAAAGCUAUUCAAAAACUUGUGUCUGAAAAAGAAAAGUUUUCUAAUUGGUAUGAGAAUACAACAUCUCAAUGGAAACAAAUUCAAUCCAACAUUGAUAAUCUUACCGAUUCAUCAUCUGACAUAUCACAAAAAGCAUAUUUCGUUACCAAUUCUAAACUCCUGUGGGAAAAAAAGAGCUUAUACUCAAGAUUUAAAGAAAUGAUUAUAAAUGAAUUAAUCAAAAUUUAUUCCAAAAAAAUGAUUAACUAUAAAGAAUAUUACGCCAAGCUCGAAGAUAGCAUCAACCGAAUGAACGAAGCAGCUCGGAAUAGUAGCAAUCGGAUGUUGGAGAGGUCUUCUGCUCCAGCAUCAAAUUUUAAUAAGUCAACUAUGUCUACUCAUCCUCAAAAUUUACUUCCAAAUCAGCAACUCUCUGUUUCUACAAGCAAUGGGAACACUAUGGAUUAUUCAUCACGAAGAUCAAGUUUAUUUGAACGAGAUGACUCUAGUUCUAAUCUUUCAACUUUAAGUGGUGUAGCAGAUCUUGAUAGAAAAGAACUAGAGAAACUUAUCAAUGAAAUGAUAUAUGAAGAUGAUGAUGUUAGUCCUGAAGAUAGAAUUGGCACCCCGCAAUGUUUGGCUUCAACACUUUAUGAACACCAAAAGAUUUGUUUAAAAUGGCUUGUCAAUAAAGAAAAUUCUUUGCAUGGUGGGAUUCUAGCUGAUGAUAUGGGUCUUGGUAAAACCCUUCAAAUAAUAUCUUUGGUUAUGACUCACCCUUCCGAUAACCCUCAGCGUAAAACAACACUUGUUAUUGCUCCUGUAGCUUUAUUGCAACAAUGGGAGAAAGAGUUCGAAAAGCAUGUUGUUCCCGAUCAUCGUUUAAGUAUUUACGUUCACCAUGGAUUAACUCGCAAAAAUUAUACAUUUGAACAACUUAAUCGAUUUGAUGUGGUGAUCACGUCAUAUGGGGUCAUUAUGAACGAACAUAAAGAACAUUUUACAAAAGUAAAAGAUAGAGACAAUCCAAAUAUAGAAAAAAUUGCUGGAAACUCACCUUUUUUUCAGAACCAAUCACAAUGGUAUCGAAUAAUCCUUGAUGAGGCUCAUCGUAUUAAAAAUGGGAAAACGGGAACAGCAAUAUCUUGCACACGUCUCGAAGCAGAAUAUCGAUGGUGUUUGAGUGGAACGCCGAUGCAAAAUAAUGUCAACGAACUUCAAAGUUUGAUCCGAUUUCUUCGAAUUAAGCCCUACGAUGACCCUCGUUUUUUCAGCAUUCAUAUUGGUAAGCCUUUAGAGAAAGGAUUGAAAAAAAAUGGACAGGAAGCCUUAAAAAAAUUGCGAUAUCUACUUAAAUCAAUUAUGUUGCGCCGUACGAAAAAUACUCUUAUUGACAACAAGCCAAUUUUACAGCUACCCCCUAAAACCAUCACAAUGGAAUCUUACAGUUUUGAUCCUGACGAACAAGAAUAUUAUGAAUACCUUGAAAAUGGUGCUAUCAUUCGAAUGAACAAGUAUCUUAGCGAUAACUCUAUUAAAAAGAAUUACAGCAGUAUAUUAGUUCUGCUUCUCCGGCUUCGCCAAGCAUGUGACCAUCCUAAAAUUGUUGAGAGGGCAUAUCUUAUAAAGGACAAAGAACUUUUGACAUCUAGGACAAGUGUUUCUGCUGUUCGAUGUGCUAGAAAUCUCAACAAACAAGUGGUACAACGAAUAAAACAAGAGGCAGCCUUUCAAUGCCCAAUGUGUAUGGAUGCUUGUGAUCGUUCUGAUGUUGUGCUUAUUUCUCCAUGUGGUCAUCAUAUUUGUAGUGACUGUUGUACUGAGUCAUUUCAGACAAGUAGCGACGAAGUCCAAAGUUCAUUCAGAUGCCCAAGUUGUAAUAUUGCCAUUUCUGAAAAGUCAUUUUUUGAUUUUAUUGUUUUUAAAUGGAUUUAUAUUCAAAAUUUGAGUGAUAGUCAGAUUGCAUCAUAUCGAAAGAUGUAUCGGUCUCAAAAUCCUGAAGAGAAGUCACAAUUAGCUUCUGUUGAUUCUAGUCAGGUAUACAACUCUGUUUUAGAAAAUGAAACAUCAAAAUAUCCAGACAAUGAUGACGAAAGCGACAUUUCUUCCAAUAUAGAUAGUGAUGACGAUGAAGAUAUUUUUGCGCCAAAAGCAUCCCAUAAAAAGGAAACUCCACAGAAACACAUGUUGAGUGAGACGGAGAAUCUAAAUGAUGUUAAACCUGAAUUGAAAUCAGAAAUUCCCGUUGUUAAAUCGGAUCCAGAUAUUCCUGAGAUCAAAUUGAGUUUGAAAAAUAGAUACAAAAAAAAAUCUAAAAUUGAAGAGCAUCAAAACAGUCUAGGACCUUUAUUAAUUCACGAAGAGCUGCGGCAAUUAUUUCCUGAUGGAUGGAUUUCUUCCACAAAAAUCACCAAAUGCAUUGAACUAAUAAAAAGUAUCCGGUUAAAUUACCCUGGUCAAAAAAUUCUUGUGUUUUCUCAAUUUAUGAGUAUGCUUGAUUUCCUCGAAGUUGCGCUUGAUUUAGAAUCUCAAAAUGUUGUUUAUGGACGUUAUGAUGGUUCUAUGUCAUCAGAAUUACGAGCGAAGACCAUUGAUGAUUUUACAUGGAAACCUGAUCCUUCAGUUUUACUUAUUAGUUUAAAGGCUGGAAAUGUUGGACUGACUUUAACAGCUGCGUGUCAUGUCAUUAUUAUGGAUCCUUUUUGGAAUCCUUUCGUUGAAGAACAAGCUAUGGACCGUGCUUAUAGAAUUGGUCAAAAGUUCCCGGUCAAUGUUCAUCGUUUAAUUAUUGCAAACUCAGUUGAAGAUCGCAUUUUGAAAUUGCAAGAAAAGAAAAGAGACCUGAUUGAUGCAGCAUUAGAUGAAAAACAGAUGAAAGGCAUGUCUCGCUUAGAUGAACGAGAGUUACUUUAUUUGUUUGGAUUAAAUGAACGUGGUCAACGUACGCAGAAUCUAGAAAUUCCUCAGUAA